AUGGUCCGCGCGACAGGUUUGUCGCACUUCGCAUUGUCGUCGUCUCACUCCCUCCACCAGACCGUGCCAGAGGUGUCUCGCCACACGCACCGAUCGUCUCACGAAGCCUACGACCUUAACGACCCGUCCACGUUUACGACUUUUGCGCAACAGCGCCAGCAGCCACCAGUCCCCCGGCCUUCCUCCUCCCACUCUGCUAAUUACCGCCCAUCUUCGGCGACAGACUCGCACCAUCCCUUACGCCGAGUUCGCCGUCAGCCUGACGUUCGCCCAUUGCCGCACCGCCGCACCGUCUCGCACGACAUUUCGGGUAGACAACCACCUCGACCGCUGCCGGCGCAUUCGAUCCCAGUUGCCGUCCAGCCUAGUCCAGACAGCGGCGUCGAAGGGCUACGACCGGCACUCUCUGAAGCACAGACUGACGAGCACGGGUCGACCGUCGACGAUCCAUACCAGCUCCUCAACUCCUCGUACUGGCCGCAGAGAACCACCAGUGUCUCGUCCCGCACGGCCUCGGCCAUUCUCUUUGCGCUUGAGGACGCCAUCCGCCGUCCCUUCAGUUUCACCUUGGACUGGGACGAAGUGAAUGCUCCUAUGUCCAACAUGGUAGGCGUUGCUGGUCCCGCUGGGCCGGUAGGCAAUGGCCGUGUAUCAAAUGGUGGCUCGCGGGUGCCUCCAAGCGCCCCGGCUCCGGUACCUUCUUCCACCCAACCGCCCAGUGGUGUUCGAACCCCGACCGACAUUAUGAGACAACGUCGAGAUCGGGAGGCGCGCCGCAAAGCAGAGCAGGAGGCGCGCGCGAGAGAACAGGAAGAGCUAGAAAGACAGCAAUUGGAGCUGGAGCAGCUGGAGCAAGCUCAGGCUCAACAGUACGCUGCUGGCGCUGUGGGUGAUCCAGCGCCACAGCGCCGCGCGCAAGCGCAACGAGCUCCGAGAGGCCCUCAAGUACCUCCAGAGGCUAGCGCUAUGACUGCACCGGGAUCUGCUCCGGGCUACCGCCCCACUACAAGUGCUGCGCCGAUAGCUCCCAGACAAGACUACCAGGCUCCGCCUGCGCCUGCACCUGCUCCUGGUGGUGUCGAGAUGCCCAGUCAAUCGCAACCAGCACCUUCAUCAAGCCAGCAGCGUGUGGGUGCAUCUGCUCAACAUGCUCGUUCACAGAGCGCAGCAGCAGCAGCUGGUCCUCAGCCGGGGUCAACGGGAUUUUCCAAGUCCGCACCAGCUCCUCCAAGUAGCCAACCGGGCGGCGCCUCUCAGACUCUCCAGCAGCCACGUCGGGCCGGUUUUCCACAUGCCUUUGAACGGUGGGAGACGCUCUCUUCGCACUGGGAAGGCCUCACCAGCUACUGGAUCCGGAAGCUCGAGCAGCACAAUGAUGACCUCGAACGUGAUCCCCUCAGCCAACAACUAGCUCGACAGAUCACUGACCUGUCCGCCGCCGGCGCCAACCUGUUCCACGCUGUCGUCGAACUGCAGCGCCUGCGCGCAUCUUCCGAACGCAAAUUCCAGCGUUGGUUCUUCGACACUCGCGCCGAGCAAGAACGUUCGAAAGAGGUCCAAGCCGACCUGGAACGCCAACUCAAGGCCGAAAGACAAGGCCGCGCCGACGCCUUCGCCGCAGCCCAAACCGCAGACCAAGACAAAAGCCGUGCCGAAGACCUUCUGCGCGAGAUGCGGCGCGAGCUGCAGAUCUCCAAGGAAGAGGCCCGGCGUGCAUGGGAAGAGCUCGGCCGCCGCGAACAGGAAGAACGCGACCGAACUAACUCCCUCCGCAACGGCGAGCCCACCCUUGUCGGCGGCGUCCAGGUUGUCCCCAUGAUCCAAGGCGUGCCCAGCCGCCACACCACCCGGCCGCCCACGCGCGAGGGCCCCUAUCCCGGCGGUCCCACGGCAACCUCCAUGGGUAUAGAUUACUCAGGCAAGCCGGCCGACGCCGGCAUGAGUCGCACAUACUACGAUGAGAACAUGCCCGCGUCCCCGACAGGCUCAGAUCCAUUCAUCGAGCCCAAAAAGACCGACCCGCCCGCAUCCAAAGCCCCCUACCCACCCGCUGGCCAAGUAUUCACACACGAGCCCAGCACCGCUGCCUAUGCCGCGCCAACCUCCGAGCCGGACGCGCACUCCUACGUCGGCAGCAGCGAGGCCGGCGACGACGAGUACACCGGCUACGCGCGCGACACCGCACACCCAUACCACUACCCGGCCGGGCCCCUCUCCGAGGGCAGCGAUGAGUACGACCACAGCCCCGUUGAAGAGCGCCACUACACCACGGACGGCGCGUACACGGGCGCCGGCAGCGCGCCGCCCAUGCACGCACCGUACCCGCCGACCACGGCCGACUACAGCGGUGCUGGGUGGGGCGCUGGUACCGGGUGGGAGUCUGUCACGCCGCGGCAUCGCCAUCCGACACGCUUGAGCGAUGUGCUGGAAGAGGAUGAGCCGAGUCGCACGAGUCCAAGCCGUGCCAGUCAGGCGAGUCGGAGCGUGCAGUGA